AUGGCCAGUGGAUCAAAGGGCGAAUGGAGCGCUGUGGCGGCGACACUGGCUCGAGGCCAAAAUGGCCAAAAACGCAAGUUUAUCAUUGACUGUGAUGCCGGUGUGGAUGAUGCUGAAGCCCUGAUGGUCAUGCUUUCCAGCUCCAUCGACGUCAUUGGCAUCACCUGCGUCAGUGGCAACGUGGCCUGCCCCCAAGUGGUAAAAAACGUCCAGCGCGUUCUUGCCAACUGCAAGCGCAGCGACAUUCCCAUCUUUGCCGGCGCCGAAGCCCCGCUCCUGGCAACUCGCAAAGAUGCAACCUACUUUCACGGCAAAGACGGGCUGGGUGAUGUGCCCGUCGACCCGAGCUUUGAGCCUGAUCAAGCCUCCUACCGAGCCCCAGAGACCGAGUCGGCUGUUUCAGCUCUCCUGCGCCUCGCCAAGGAACACGUCGUCUCACCAGCUGAACCAGGCCAAUCCUUUGGCGAUCGUGCCAAGACCAUCAAGCUGCAGCUUGAACCCUUGGAGGCCCGCCUGGCCGAAGCCGUCAAGGCAGGCGAAUUGGCCCGCGCCCUGUUCCUGGAGCGCGAAGUGUAUGCAGUCAGUGCACGCCUUCAGGCCGUCGAGGACGUCAUUGUCGAGUUUGGCGCGGAAGCUGGGCCCGGGCUUGACAUUCUGGCCCUUGGCCCGCUGACCAACCUUGCGGUAGCCCCGCGUCUCUACCACCGCUUCCCGGCGCUCGUCCGCCACCUCAUCAUCAUGGGUGGAACCUCUCGCGCCCGGGGCAACGUGCCCGGCUUUCCCAGUGCCGAGUUUAACCUCUUUGCAGACCCCCACAGUGCCCAGAUUACGCUUCACAGCUACUUUCAGCCCAUCCUUGUGACUUGGGAAUGCUGCAUGGACCAUUCCUUUGAGUGGCACCGCGUCAAUGAGUGGCUGCGCAAGGACACGGCCAAGGCCAAGUUCAUCCGGCACAUUUUCCAUUUCGCCCAACAAGUCAGUCUCGAGAACAACUGGGACUACAUUGCGUGUGAUCCGCUCGCGGCCGCCGUCGCCGUCGAGCCCCGCGAAGUCGUGCCCGAGGAUAAGAUGGCCCAGCUCCACCAUUGCCAAGUCCAGACCGCCAGCAUCGCCGACCCGGCCUACGCUCAGACCGUGGUAGACUACGACAACCUCUCUGGUUGCGUUCCCAACACGUGGCUCAUCCACGCCGUCCACGUCCCGGCAGUUGAAAAAAUCUUUUUGCGCAAGAUGGAAGAUGCCUAA